GCCCGCCCCAGUCAGUCGAGUCCUAACCUCACUUCCCAUCGCGCCCCACGACACUCCGCCCGCCGACGUGCGCCGUGAGCCGCGAGCAGAGACUCGUCCAGCCCCCCCAGACCAGUCCUGGUCAGUCGCACCCCCGCGGGCCCACCAAGACGGACGUACGCGUCGACGCGGCCAGAGCUUCGCAGCGUCCACGCUGUGUCGUCCAGGGUGAGGACGCCCCGUGAGGACCAACCCGGCCAGUGAGGCCCGGGCUUGUAUUUAGGGAGGACAGAAGAGCACGGCCAUCAUGAGCGCGGAACAGAGGAGGGAGCUGCUCCGGCGGAGGUCCAGUGUCGGGGGAUGCACCGAAAUGAAGGUUCGAGUAUCCAUCCCUCGACGUGAUCGGCGAGGAUCUGGUGACGGUCCUGGACUUCCUGCACCUCAAAUACGUGGUGGUGCUCGGCGAGGGGGCCGGUGCCAACGUCCUGGCCAGGUUCGGCCUCAAGCACCCCAGCCGCGUCCUCGGCAUGAUCCUGAUCAACUGCACGGGGAGCGCGGCUUCCGUCAUGGAGAACUUUAAGAACAAGACCGUCAACUGGAGGAGCAACGACACGGUCUCAUCCUCCGCGGAGCACUACUUGGUAUUCCACAAGUUUGGCCAGCUGAUCUACAAUGAGCAAGUCAGCAACGACACGUCGCCCGACAAGGAGAGGGUGGUGGAGGAAUACAUCCAGCGUCUGCACAGCACCACGCUUAACACCAAGAACAUCAAGCAGUACGUCCAGGCCUUCAUGAAGCGGAUGGACCUGCCGCUGAGCGAGGCCAAGACGGACAUUCUGCUCAUGACGGGCGUGCUGGGGGCGUACGCCAACGUCGUGGAGAAGCUGCACAAGGACCUGGACAAGGACAAGGCCACCCUGCUCAAGGUCGAGCGCGCAGGGGACGUCAUGACCGAUGCACCCGCCAAGGUGGCGCACAGCAUCCUGCUCUUCUGCAAGGGCCUGGGGCUGCUCACGUCCGUCGCCAUGCCGGGCGUGGACCGGCAGCGCACCUUCUCGAGCUCCUCGGGCGAGGGCGAGUCGCUGACCAAGCGCCGGCUGUCGCGGGGCAUGUCCAUGGAGGAGUACGACAAGCCCAACAUCCGCCGCCUGUCCCUGACGGCCGCGGACCCCCCGCCGCCCGUGCCGGCCGCCAACCGCGCCAAGUGAGGUCGCGGAGCCGGCCCGGCAGCCCCCGGCGGCAGCCCCGGGCCCUCGCCACGGCCGCGAACCCGCCGCCCCCGGGGCAGGGCAGGCCGCCAACAGAGAGUGGCGGCGUACGGCGUGCCGAGAGCAACACCGGGGCGGCGGCGGAGGCUCCAGGAUCGGGGACAUCGUGGCGGGAGCCUCCCAUCCCAUGGCACUUCCAGGGGCGCCCCCGGGCGGCGGGACGGCGAGAACUCUACAUAUUAUUUGGUUGAAGACGGGGUGCGCGGAACGCGAUGCGGGUCUGUGUGUGCGUGUGUGUGAGAGAGCGUGUGCGUGCGUUCGUGUGUGUGUAUGUGUACGAAUGCGUGUGAGUAUGUAUGUGUUUGUGUGUGUGUGUGCGAAUGAACUGAGUAGCACCAGUUAUGUAGCCACUUUAGUGUAACGCUUGCACUAGCGCCAGGCGUUUGCCGGAGUGGCCGGUAGCGCUGCUGGCGAGCAGUAUUAUCGUAGGAAAGCAUUUUAAAGCCCAGAGCCGAGUUAUUUUGUUAUUUAUUGUAAGAUAGGCGAAGGACUGCUGGCAUUAUUGACUCGGAAUGCAAAGCUUUUUGUAUAAAAUAUGAAAAAAUGUAGCUCUGGCACGCCAGGAUAUCACAAAAAGAAAUGUACCACGAGAGUGUAUUUAUUUUGAUUCUUGUUUGAUUCGGCGAAGCGGUGCGGACUGCAGACUACAGGACUCCUGGACGCCUCUAAGGGUGCCCCCUCAACUCAAUGAUCGAAUAGAGGCAAACGACUCGAGGGGAGGCGAUCUGCGGCUGAGAGCCCGUCACAAGCCGCCUAGAACUAGGACCUAGAAUCGUUAGAUUGACUCGGGUCGCGCUGUCUCGUCUCCUCGGUCGCCGGGUCUCCGCUCCUCGUGGGGGGCACCUUGAGGGGAAAGCCCCGGCAACCUAGCCUGCUGUCCGCGUGCUGCAAGUCACUAGUUUAAGCGAUGUGCCUGCCGGUGUCAUCAUUCCAUUUGCUUCUCGCUCAGAAUACCUCUACCUCGUACUGAUAUUGGUUGGGCUGAACGGGGCGUUUGCUAAAACUGUGUCGGCGGCCACUGAUGACGAGAUCUAGUAAAAAGUGCUAUAUUUUGAGUUAUAGUGUGUAGCGUCGCUUUUUAGUCGUGCAAUUUACUGACGUGUGGGUCAUCGGGUGCAGCACGGAGUCACAAUAACCAACCGCGUUGACCAUCAUUCCUAGGCUAUCUUUUAUAGUGAGAUUUGGAUACUCGAGGACCAGUUGCAUUUGUUUCAGAAGAAAAACAUAUUAAAUAAAGCAAACUUUCUUUUCUCGUGCCAAA